UCCGACAGAUGUCACUAUAAAAUUCAAGAUGGCAGCGCCCAUGAGAGAUAAUUCGAUAAACUUAUUUUUGAAAUUGUUAAAUACUAUAUAGUUUCAAAUGAUUACCAAUUGAAAUCACACCAUGAGUAUAAAAGCAUUUGAACUUGUGCCCGCGAUCGAACGGGUACAUCGAAUGUCUGAAAAGACAAAAGCACAGAUUGAAUGCAUGGAUGUCUGUGGCAAGAACUUGUACAUUGGGACAACUGACUGUUUUGUUUUACACUACAUGUUAGAGGAGAGAUCAAAUGCAAGUGGCAAAGUUUUGUUUCAUAGCAACAGUCAAGGACAAAAGCACCUUGCUCUGAAAAAGCCUAUUGCCCAGCUAAAGGCAGCCUCUGCUUUGAAUCGAAUCCUUGUGCUCUGUGACAACACUGUCUCCAUGCUCAACAUGCUAGAUCUAGAACCGGCUGUGGGAGGAGCUAAGAUCAAGGGUGUGACCCAGUUCUGUCUGAAUGAGUCACCCGUUGGUAACAACCCGUUCUGUGUGGAAGUCUGUGUGGCCUUGAAGAAGAAGCAGGUUGCUUUGUACACCAUCACAGAGGACCGCAUUAACCACGUGAAGGACAUGUCAUUACCUGAACCAGCAUCUGUCAUAAGCAUGGACGGCCAUGUUGUGUGUGCAGCCCUGCUGUCGCAGUACUGCAUGCUGGACUAUGAGACUGGUCAACAGACGGACCUCUUCCCCAUAGACACAGAGCACAUGAGGCCCUUGGUCAAACGAGUCAGCAGGGAGGAGUUCCUGUUGACGGGCCCCAGUGCACUGGGCAUGUUUGUGACCUCGGAAGGGAUCUCCCAGCGACCCCCACUACAGUGGUCCGAGAACCUCAUAUCAGUGGGAUAUGUGCAUCCAUACAUACUUGCCAUGAAUGAUGAGUUUAUCACAGUGCAUAGUAUUUUGGACCAGCAGCAGAAGCAGGCCAUACCGUUCCAAGGAGGGGUGAUCAUGAACGACUACGAUGGGCGAAUAUUCAUUGCCUCAACUAAAGAAAUAUACUCACUAGUGCCUGUAGCUUGGGAGAAACAAGUGCAGGGUCUGCUGGCUGACAAGAGGACCCAGGAGGCCCUUGAUCUGACCAGGAAUGCCAACCACGGGCUCACCAGGGACAACUUUCUCAAGAAAUUCAAGCGUAUACAACAGCAGGCAGCAUUUAUUGAGUUUUCUCGUAGAAACCUAGCAGAAGCUCAGGAGUUAUUUAAAAAUGGCCAGGUGGAUGUAAGGGAGUUGAUCAGCCUGUACCCAAGACUUAUGCCGAGCACCAGUAAUUUCCAGCGUAGUGUGCCGGGACUGCACGAGAUUGCAGACGUGAACCAGCUAGCCAGGGGAGAUAAGCAGGUGGUGGAGGAGUACAAGAACUUUCUGAGAAGAUACCUCGAGGACAUCAGAGGGACUGUAAACGCCAGGGGCUUUAAACAGGAGAUUGAUGUUGCCUUAUUGAAACUAUAUGCAGAGAUCAACUCUCCAGAGUUACUUCCCCUGAUCGAGGUAGACUCGGGCUGCGACCUUAAGGACUGUGCUGAGUGGCUCGAGAAUUAUGAGCGCCACCACUCACUAGCUAUGCUCUGUAAAUACCAUGGCGAUAACGAUAAAGCUUUAAAUAUAUGGUCUAGACUUGUUAAUGGUGAUAUUAAAGAUGAUCUUUUCCCAGGGUUUGAAUUUGUUGUCAACUUUUUGUCAAAUUUAAGUGAUCAUGAUUUGGUAUGGAAAUAUGUUGAAUGGGCAUUAGAAAAAGAUCAAGAACUUAGUAUAAAAAUCUUUACUGAGCGGCCUGCGCAGGAGCCCCCGUCAGAGAGGCUGAGACCUGACACUGUGAUAGACUACCUGCACCGCUACCCCAGGGCCGUUGUCUCAUACCUCGAAUACCUUGUCUUUCAAAAGAAACUGGAGAAAGAAAAAUACCAUACCCACUUAGCUGUGCUGUAUCUGGAGAAUGUACUCAACCUCAUGAAAGCCAAUGGUGUGAAGAAGGAGCACAUUGACAUGGCCAGGUCUAAGCUGCGUACCAUGCUGCAGGUGUCCAACCUGUACAGAGUACAGCUUAUACUGGGCAAGGCCAAGGAGCAGGAAAUGCAUGCAGAGUGUGCCAUACUUUAUGGGAAACUAGAGGACCAUGAGAAAGCCCUGCGGAUCCUCGUGCACCAGUUACGAGACUAUGCAGCGGCAGAGAACUACUGCAUCGUGAACUCUGAGGGGCGUGACCUCAACUACAGGAAGAGGCUCUUCCACAUCCUCCUAAGUGUCUACCUGGACCCAGCAAACGAGAAAAAAGAACUGCUUGUGGAGCCUGCAAUCGACCUUCUUAACAGCAAUGUGACUGAUUUUGAUGUUGCUAAGGUGAUCCAGAUCAUCCCAGACACAUGGUCCAUAGCGAUGCUGUCCUUGUUUCUGAGGAGGGCAGUGCGGACCAACAUGCAUGGCAACCGCAUGACCCACAUCGAGAGGAUGAUGUCAAGGGGAGAGAACCUUCUCGUCAAGCAGACCAGCAUCGAAGACAUGCGAGAAGCCAUUGUGAUGAACGAAGAAAAGCCAUGUGCAGUGUGCAAUAGAACAUUUUCUGAUCCAUCAUUCGUUAGAUACCCAAAUGGAGUGAUAACACACAUACAUUGUGCUAAAAAUAAACAUGUGUGCCCAGUGACUGGAAAGCUGUUCAGUACCAGUAAACAGUCAUGACAAGGGAACAGGCUGGACCAACUAUUCACUGCCUCAUCAUCAGAAACCUUGGUGUGCUGUAUAGGUGUCCCAAAUCAUGCA